AUGCCGUUUGAUAAAGAAAAGGAAAAUGGACCAGUAAACAACAACUAUUAUAACCACUCUUUGCACCAAAUGUACAGUUCUGGUAAUACGCCUUAUACUAGGUCGCCUGCUUCAUCGCCUUCUGUGGGUGGUAACUAUGCUGGUAUGCCUAUGUAUAAUGCUGCUGCUGCUGCUGCUACCAACAACAACCGCUAUCCUAUGCUGCAGCAGACAUCUGAAGCUGCUUCAUCCCCUGGUGCAACACCUCACUUGGCUCGACAAAUCUCGUAUGCGCAGAUAUCUCGACAAUCCUCUUCGCCUCACCAUCAUGCUCGUGCUGCUGCUGCGAUGGCUCGCAAUACACCAAUGUCGUCCACCGUGACUAUUACAGAUCCCAAUGAUCCCAACAAGAUGUUUGCCAACAAAACAGGAGGUAAUAGUAAUAGUGGUGGAAAGGAGGAACAACAAGAAAAUGCGUGGACUUGUCUUGAUAUGGGCGGCAUGGGCCUCAAAAACAUUGCCUCAACUAUUUGCAACUAUCGAUUUCUUACAGCACUCUACAUCAACCACAACAACCUGACUUAUUUGAUGCCAUCGUUAUCGCAACUCUGCAAUUUGAGGAUAUUGGAUGCUUCGGGCAACAACCUCAGCAUGCUGCCUCCUGAGAUGGGCCUCCUUUGCAACUUGAAGGAAUUGUUAUUGUUUGAUAAUAAUCUCGUCUCUUUGCCUACCGAGUUUGGAAAUUUGUAUCAGCUGGAAACACUGGGUUUGGAGGGGAAUCCUUUGCAGGCUGAUCUCAAGAAUAUCUUGAUCAAGGACGGCACCCAGGCACUUGUCAUGUCGCUUCGAGAAAAUGCGCCAGUGGGUAUGCCUCCACCUCAUCGAGAAUGGCUGUUGGUCGAAGGCGACACAAUGGAAGAUCCAGACAAGUUCACUGUACUGUGCUACAAUAUUCUCUGCCAAAAAUAUGCAACACCUCAAGCCUAUGGUUACACGCCAUCAUGGGCGUUGAGUUGGGAUUAUCGUCGAGAGUUAUUGGUGUCUGAGAUCUUGGGCUACAAUCCGGAUAUCUUUUGUCUACAGGAAAUGGAAAUGGGACAGUAUGAAGACUACUUUGUAGACCAUUUCAGAAAGAUGGGCGAUUAUGACAGUCUGUUUCAUCCCAAGACGCGAGCAAAGACCAUGUCUGAAAAGGAGAGACGGGUAGUGGAUGGCUGUGCUAUUUUUUACAAGACGACACGGUUCCGCUUGAUUGACCAUGACUAUAUCGAGUACAAUCAAAAGGCGCUUCAGCGUCCUGACUUCAAACAGACGGUCGACAUUUACAACCGAGUCAUGAACAAGGACAAUGUGGCUAUAUUGGCUGUCUUUGAGGACAUCAACACCAGCCAACGCACACUGGUAGCCAACUCACAUCUGCAUUGGGAUCCCUCAGACGCUGAUGUCAAGCUCGUUCAAGUGGGUGUCUUGAUGGAAGAAAUGAAAAAGUUUGCUAGCAAGCACUGUGCGUCUUCUUCCUCGACCGACAAGCUGCCUACCAUCAUUUGUGGUGAUUUCAACUCUGAUCCACAGUCUGGUGUAUACGAGUUUUUGAGUAAAGGCAUAAUUGAGCAGAACCACAACGAUUUUGGCAACCAUUCUUACGGCACAUAUACCACAGAAGGAUUAUCGCAUCCUCUCUCUCUUAAAAGUGCUUACAGCAAUGUUGGCGAGUUACCUUUUACAAACUACACACCUGGCUACAAGGGCGCUCUGAGCUACAUAUGGUACACAUCGACCACGCUGGACGCCAUCUCGCUGUUGGGCCCUGUUGAUCCUGAUUACUUGACUAAAAUAGUCGGUUUCCCCAACGCUCAUUUCCCCUCUGAUCACAUUCCCAUCAUGGCAGAGUUCAAGUUUCGGCCACAAAACAAAAAGGAAAUUGUAAAGGCUGAUUUCAAUUCAACAAGAUCAUCUCAUAGAAAUAAAUAG